AUGCCUGGUCUCAGAGUUGUGGGAACUGUUUCUGGGGAAGCCUCACUCCACCCGCUGCCCAGGCAACAUGCCACAGCCAUGCAGCCCCAUCUGCGCUGGCCCACUCCCAAGUGGUGGUUCCUCCUCUGGGGAGUCCUCCAGGCUUGCCCCACGCAGGGCUCCGUGGUGCUCCUGGCCCAAUGGCUGCCCCAGAAGCUGACAUCCCCUGGGUACCCGGAGCCGUACGUCAAAGGCCAGGAGAGCUCCAUGGACAUCGAGGCUCCAGAGGGCUAUGCUGUGAGGCUCCUGUUCCAGGACUUUGACCUGGAGCCAUCCCCGGACUGUGAGCAGGACUCCGUCACAAUCACAGCCAGUGGGAUGGAUCUCGGCCAGUUCUGUGGGCAGCAGGGCUCCCUGCUGGGCAGGCCCCCUGGUCAGAGGGAGUUUGUGUCCUCAGGGAACAGUUUGCGGCUGACCUUCAGUGCCCCAGCCUCUGAAGACAAGACCCCAGGCCUCCACAAGGGCUUCCUGGCCCUCUACCAAGCCAUAGCUGUGAAUUAUACUCAGCCCAUCAACCAGGCCACUGGGGUCCCGAAGGCCAUUCACAUACCUGGAGACAACCCCAGUGAGAUCCAGAGCUGCUGCCAGGAGCCCUAUUACGAGGCCGAGCCCUCAGGGACACUCACCUGCACUGUCCAGGUGCCCUGGAAGCAGACCCAGGAAAGGGAGGAGGCUCCCCGCUGUGUGCCUGCAUGUGGACGGCCGGUGGUCCCCAUCUCCCAGACCCAGGAGUCCCUUGGCGCCUCCAGAGCUGAGCUGGGCAGCUUCCCCUGGCAGGCCCUCACCAGCAUCUAUGGCAGGGGCGGCGGGGCCCUGCUGGGCGACCGCUGGGUUCUCACCGCUGCCCACACCAUCCACCCCAAGGACAGCAUCUUGCUCGGGAAGAACCGGAGGGCCCAGGUGUUCCUGGGCCACACGGACACAGACCAGAUACUGGAGCUGGGCGGCCACCCCGUGCGCCGCGUGGUCGUGCACCCAGAUUACCGUCAGGACGAGCCCCACGACUUCCACGGAGACAUCGCGCUCCUGGAGCUGGAGCGCAGCGUCCCCUUGGGCCCCCACCUCCUCCCAGUCUGCCUGCCGGACCGCGAGGCCUUGUACCGGCCCGGCCGGUGGGGCUACGUCAGCGGCUUCGGCGUGGAGAUGGGCUCGCUGAGCACCAAGCUCAAGUACUCGCGGCUACCCGUGGCCCCGAGGGCGGCCUGCGAGGCCUGGCUCCGGGAGAAGCAGAGGCCCGAGGCGUUCACCAACGGCAUGUUCUGCGCCGGGGACCAGACACGGCCGCAGAGUGUCUGCCAGGGGGACAGCGGUGGCGCCUUCGUGGUGUGGGACGAUCGCGCCCGGCGCUGGGUGGCCACAGGCAUCGUGUCCUGGGGCGUCGGGUGUGGCAAGGGGUACGGCUUCUACACCAAAGUGCUUGACUACGUGGACUGGAUCCGGGGAGUGAUGGGCGGGAAGGACUGA